GCAAGGGGUUAAAGCAGGGAGGAAAGCGAACGGACAUGUCCAGUCACACGAGUGUCUUCUCCUGAGGGAAGGAUGAGGACUGCCAUGAGCCAGUGGUAACAUGCAUUUGGGACUCUUCUCUGCACCCUCACUGCAAUGGGCAAGCUUGAUCAGCAGGGCAAUAACCUCCCAGCCCUCCAUGCCUACUGACUGUGAUGGAAGAACUUGAUAGUAAUGUGAGAGUACAAGAGGGAUUUGGUGUGGGGGAGAAGAUAGUGCUCAUCACCUUCAUCUCAGCAGUCAUCUUGAUGACCAUUCUGGGUAACCUUCUAGUGAUGGUGGCAGUCUGCAGGGAUAGACAGCUGAGGAAAAUCAAAACCAAUUAUUUUAUUGUGUCACUUGCAUUCGCGGACUUACUAGUAUCAGUAUUGGUGAUGCCAUUUGGAGCCAUAGAGUUAGUGCAAGAUAAAUGGAUUUAUGGGGAAAUGUUUUGUCUGGUACGUACAUCACUCGAUGUUCUUCUGACAACAGCUUCCAUCCUCCAUCUCUGCUGUAUUUCACUGGACAGAUACUACGCUAUCUGCUGCCAGCCUUUGGUUUACAGGAACAAAAUGACCCCAUUGAGGAUAGCAUUGAUGCUUGGGGGAUGUUGGAUUAUCCCAACCUUUAUAUCCUUCCUGCCGAUUAUGCAAGGAUGGAACAGCAUUGGCAUCCUAGACUUGAUAGAAAAGAGAAAAUUCAGCAAAGACUCCAAUUCUACCUACUGCAUCUUUAUGGUCAACAAGCCGUAUGCUAUUACAUGCUCAGUGGUAGCUUUUUACAUUCCUUUUUUCUUGAUGGUGCUUGCUUACUAUCGUAUUUACGUCACAGCCCGAGAACACGCCAGACAAAUUGGAGUUUUACAGCGGGCCGGCGCCCCAGCGGACCAUCGACAUCAUCAUCCUGAUCAACAUACUACUCACAGGAUGAAGACAGAAACCAAAGCUGCUAAGACACUGUGCAUUAUCAUGGGAUGUUUCUGCCUUUGUUGGGCCCCAUUUUUUAUCACCAAUGUGGUUGACCCUUUCAUAAACUACACAGUACCAGGGCAACUGUGGACAGCUUUUCUUUGGUUAGGCUACAUAAAUUCAGGGUUGAACCCUUUUCUGUAUGCCUUUUUGAACAAGUCUUUUAGGCGUGCCUUCCUCAUCAUUUUGUGCUGCGGUGAUGAGAAGUAUCGAAGACCUUCCAUAUUGGAGCAAACUGUCCCAUGUUCUACCACAACUAUAAAUGGAUCUACACAUGUACUUAGUGGCUGUUCCUUUGUCUCCAAGUUUCUCCUGCUGUUCUGCAAUAGACCAGUUCCUGUGUGAGUUCUAAACAUGCACUGUACACUGUUCUAUAUAAUGGACAUCAUCAGGAGAGUGAGAAGCUUCCUAUCCAUAAUGACCCAGAAUCACAGGAAUCCUGUUUCUAGCCAGCGACAACAUCUAGUGCCCUGGAUUUUAAAUCACAAGCCAAACUUGCUCUUGGCAACCAUAAUGUUUGCAGUGGGUGACAAGAGAAAAUGCUGUCCACACAGUAUGGGUUUUUGCUCCUGCGAAAUCUCUUCCUGCACUACUCAACUCUGAGUCCUCCUUAUACAUGUGAAUGAGACUAUUUACUUGCUAUCUGGAUUUAUAUUUCAAUGCUCACCAGUAUAAUUUUGAUCUUAAAGAAACAACCAAAGACUGGAUCAGCAUGGCACGCUUUGUUUUCUUUAGCAAAAUGUGUAUAUGAGUGUAUGUACACAUAUCUUAACAGAUAUAUAUAUAUAUAUAUAUAUAUAUAUAUAUAUACUGCCCCAGUGCCUAACUGGUAAAAAUAUUCAGACAGGCAGCAACUGUGUGGAGAUCACCAAGACAUUGUUGAAGAACUGACGACAUUGGUAUCAGUAAAUAAUAUGAAGUAUUUACAUGUAUAGUUUUGUUCAGAGUAACAUAAUUCAUGUCCAUGUAGGUGAGAAACAUUCCCCUCACGUAGGCUUGUAAUGCCCGGCUGCUCAGCAGCUUGCAAAAUUUGAAGGAUCUUCCAGAAGCUUUGGUGUUUUGUUGUGGUUUUGUCACCAAUAGACAUUUUCAAUAAGAGUCAGCUUUACAUGCACAGUACAAUGUUGCUGCUAAUGUACACUAUCUCACAGUGAGAGUAAAUAUUUUAUUAUAUCUUUUCAUAUGACAACACUGAAGAAGUACACUUGCGUUACCGCUGAACUGGUCCAGAAG